GUAACUCUUGUGUUUAGAGGAGUGUUUACAAGAACAGAGAAGUUCAUGGGUUAGUGAAGGAGGAAGAGAAGCACCGUUAGAAAUUGGCACAGCUCAAAAUGAAAGUCUGUCACCCGUUCAUCUGCCUCCUUUUCCUCGCAGGACUGCAGGACGGAGGACUUGGACCCGUUCAAGCAGAGACCUACACAGAGUUGGAAGGACGAAACAUCACAGUUUCAUGUUCUUUUUACUUGACUGGGAGAAAGAUGUACUUCUGCAAGAAAGACUGUAGCAGAGAAAACAUUCUUGUUGAAACGACUGAUUACAGAGCUCAGAGAGGCAGAUACAGCAUUGAAUUUAAUAAAACAGGUACAGCAUCGUAUUUUCUUUUGGUGAGCAUCACGGAGCUGAAAAGGUCUGACUCUGGAUGGUACAGAUGUGGUUUGGACCAAACCUGGAUUCGACAUAUGGAUUUUGAGAUUGUUGUCAACUAUGAUUCCCCAGCAGCAACACCAACAUCAACACAGAGUCUGAGCUUCUCACCUGUUUCUUCAUCCUCCUCUGAAACCACCAAACAGUCUAAGAGAUCAGCUCCACCUCCAGGUGCACUACAUGCACAUGUGUGCAGCUAUGCAGGAGAUGAUGGGACUCUACUGAACUCUAAAUGUCCCUGCAGCACUUUCUGCAGAGCCUUUAGUAGAAACAGGGUACGCUACCGUCAUAAAGACCAACAGAGUAAAGAAGGAAAUCAGAGAGGACGGAGAAAACAGAACAUCUGAUAAGACAACUCGAACCACAGCUGAAUACAGCCUCUCCAGCUGGCCACAGAACACAGUUGAAGGUGACAUCCUAGAUUACUCCACGGUAUUUUUUUCUAAACAUACAACCAUCUUGGGCAGCAGCGCCCCCUGUGGUCAUCGUGCAGAUAGCACCCUCUACUCAGAACCUUGGACAGAUGGAAACCCUGCGAACUGCAGAAAACAUGAUUCCCCUCCUCUUUAUUCCACUAUUACUUUACAUCAGCAGACACAGUGUUAAAUACGACACAUGCGUUUAAAAAAUAUAAUUCAGUGUGUAAAACUGCUUUGGAUCAUUAACAUUCAGUUCAGUCACAUUAAACACAAGUUAGUUUAUGUCAGUGAUGGAGCUGAAGAGCAGAAGGUAAAGACAAAGUUUAGGAUAAAUAACCUGAUUUAUUUAACCUAUAUAACCAUUUGGUUUAGUUGAUUAAUUAACUCAAUUGGCAAAUUUCACUCAAGGUUAUUUAAAUGUGAAUGUCAACAGUUUGUAUCAAGAAGGACUUUUAUUCAAAUAUAACAAGAAGCUGGUGCUCUUCUCAGCAUUCAUAGCUGUUUCACACGAACCACUGUUCAUCCUCAUUUAACCUGAAGCUCCUGUUAUUUAACUAAACUCCAUAUUAACUGUUAGAAUAAACUCACAGAGGAUUGUUUUUGAGAUCCUGAUUUUAGUCACAAAUAAGUACUUUUAUUAUUGGUUUAUAUAAAUAAUAUUCUUUAAUGUGUUCUAUGAAAGCUUUAAAAUAAAUGGUUAUUGUCUUCCAGUCUUCCAGUCAGGCUUCCUGCUCACCACAGUACAGAGACGGCUCUUGCCAAGGUG